UAAUUCGAGUGACUAUAAAUGAAAUAAAUCAAUUCGGGUGGCAAACGUGAAAUUUUUAAGCAAUUCGAAUGACCAAACUUGCAAUUAAGCCAUUAAAAACGACUUGGUAUCUAGUUCUCUUUUUGUUACGUGUUACCCAAUUUACCGUUUCAUUAUUUUGUCGUUUGUGCCAACCGUUCUUCACCAACUCUUUCCCCACUUUCUCCUAUCGUCCUUUUGCUUAACUUUCUAAUCUUUUACUUUCCCGGGAACCCGCGAGUACAGCUGUUCCGAUUACCGCUUCCGAACAACCGCCGUUAUGAAAAACCAUGGCAGAGCAGAAGUCAUUAUCGAUUUGGGCUUCAUCUCCCCGACCGGCUCAGAAUCGAAAGCGCUAUCAGCGAAUAUUGUCUGCUACUGUUCGUGCUGGGGGAGAAAACAUGCAUCAGAAUGGGAGGAAGGUUUGCCGGCGAACGAAUUUUCUUGCCGGGAUUCUUCUGCUGGACCUGGGUUUUGGGGGUUCUUCCCUCCUUUUCCAUCUAUACUGCCCAUAGUUCCUUCCUUCCAGUGGCAUAACAACAAGGCAGAAUGAACGGAAGACCCCCACCCCCACCCCACCCAUUAAACAGAUAAACCCCACACCGCACAUCCAUUUCGCUUUCUUUUUUUGUGUGGGUUGGUUUGAUUGAUUUAUUUGCUUUUGUUUCCCAUUCAUUGUCUUUGUUUCUUCCUUUCCCCUCAACUCAACUCAGCUGAUAGCCUCUCUCCAGUCAAGUCUCUUCAGGCCUUUCUGAUUUGUAAACUGCAUUGCAUUUGGGAAAUGCGGCUGAAUUGAUUACUCAUUCUUCUGCUUCAGCUGUCGCCUUCCCAAGCUCUAAUUUACUUUCUCAUUGAAGAUCGAUCGAACCAUCGGUCACCCCAUCAUUUGCUCUGCUUGCUUACUUCCCUAUUCAGCUUCAAUCAAUGUUCGUUGCUGGUUAGUGGUUAAUUGAUUUGUCUUCAGAAGUGGGAAACUGGGUUCCCGUACCAUAUGUCAAAGACUCUUGCAAUCACCGUAGGUGGUGUUGCAGGAGCCGUGGCAUUGGUUGGGGUAAUAACCUUUUGCAUAUGGUGCUACUGCCGCAAAAACAAGAGGGUUUCCAGAACCUCGGAGACUGGAUCUUCUGACCCAUCUGUUCAAGCGGGAAGACAUGUUGGGGUUGAGCUGUCUGUACCAGAGGCAAAGAGGUUUGACAUGGAAGAUUUGUCUCUGGCCACCAAGAAUUUCAGCCACCAGAACUUGAUUGGUGUUGGCAAAUUUGGUGAGGUGUACAAGGGUCUGCUCAACAAUGGGAUGCUUGUUGCUGUGAAGAGCCGAUUUGGAGCUCCUACUCAAGAUUUUGUGGAUGAGGCACGCUAUCUUUCAGCUAUCCAACAUCGGAAUAUCGUGACUCUGUUUGGAUAUUGCCAAGAGAACAACAUGCAGUUCCUCAUCUAUGAAUAUGUACCCAAUGGGAGCGUUUCCAGUCACUUGUAUGGGCUAGGUCAAGUAUCAGAUGGGCAGCUGGAAUUCAAGCAUAGACUUGCAAUCGCUAUAGGGGCAGCUAAAGGUCUUGCUUAUCUUCAUGCUCUGAGACCUCGAUUAGUGCAUAAGAACUUCAAGACUACAAAUGUGCUGGUGGAUGAGAAUUUCAUAGCCAAGGUAGCAGAUGCAGGGCUUCGUAAUUUCCUGGGAAGAGGAGGUGAGGGUGGAGCGGGCCCUUCUACACAAGUGGCAGUUGACGAGAUAUAUCUUGCUCCAGAGGUGAGGGAGUUCAGGCAAUUCUCGGAGAAGAGUGAUGUGUACAGUUUCGGUGUGUUUGUGGUGGAGUUGAUCAGUGGAAGGGAAGCAUCAGACCAGAACAUGGCAGAAUGGGUACAAAGCAGUGUCGAGGGAGGCAUCAGUAGCCGAAUGGUUGACGAGAGGCUGGGGAGCAGCUUCACGUCGGAAGGAAUGGAGGAGCUGAUGGGUUUGGCGAUUCGUUGUCUGGAAGGGUCAAGCGAGAGGCGGCCAGCAAUGAGCUACGUGGUGAUGGAGCUUGACCGGAUCCUGGAGAAAGAGAUGAAGGUCAGUACGGGGAUGGGGGAAGGUGUUGCCCCAACCGUGACUCUGGGUAGCCAGUUAUUCAGGCCUUCCCAAUAGAGAUCAAUGCAAUGCAUAUAGAAUCUGGGUUUUUUUCAGUGUGGGGAACAUAGGAUGGAGUGUGUGUAUUUAUUUUCCUUUCUCUGUGAUUAAAAAUUGUUUACUUCUUUAAAUUGAGAGGGUGGAUAAAGGAGUAGAUCAGAAAAGAGUACUGAGAGUAGCUGUUUGAUUAAUGGCAAGUGUAUAAAGAAGAGAAGAGGACAGCUGCUGGGUUCAUUGUUGUCAUUAAUAUUCUUUUUCAUCUUUUGGUGGUUUGGGGAAAAAGAGAGAAUUUAUAUGGAGGGGGAUGUGUUCAUUUGUUGUAAAAUCAAAUAAUCAAAUCAUUAUAAAUGCCAAUUCGAUUGUUAUUGUCAAUUGCUUGAGUCUCAGACUGUUGACUGGCUUUAUGUAUGAAUGAGAAAGAAAUC